AUGUCUCUUAAGUCAGCUCCUUUAGAUAUGGAGCAUCAUGUUUCUGGUCAAUCCAACAAGCCACUUUCGCGCCCAGCACAUGCUUUGCCAGCUGAUGUAGUCAUCCAAGAGCUCAACACGAUCCCGGCUACUGGAUUGAGUGCUUCUGAGGCAUCGCAACGACUUGUCGAGUAUGGUCCCAAUGAUCUUGGAGAAGAAGAGGGCGUGAAGCCCAUCAAGAUCUUCAUUGAACAGAUCUGCAAUUGCAUGACCUUGGUUCUGAUUCUAGCCCUCGCCGCAAGUUUCGGUAUACAAGCCUGGAUCGAAGGCGGUGCUCUCGCUCUAAUUAUCCUCCUCAAUAUUGUCAUAGGUUUCUUCCAAGACCUGCAAGCCGCUCGAACCGUCCAUUCCCUCAAGUCUCUCAGUCUCCCAACAGCCAACGUCUUCCGUGAUGGGAAGACGGUUACGAUCCAAACAAACGAAAUCGUACCGGGCGACAUCAUCGAUCUCAAAAUGGGCGACUCUGUACCAGCUGAUAUUCGUCUCUUUGAAGUUUCCAACUUUGAGUCAAAUGAGGCACUGCUCACUGGAGAGUCUCUGCCUGUACGAAAGAAUCCUACGAUGCAGUUCGAUGACGACACAGGACCCGGCGAUCGCCUCAACGUCUGCUAUAGCUCUACCAUAGUUACCAAGGGUCGUGGCAGAGGCGUUGUAUUUGCUACUGGGGCAUAUACUGAGAUAGGCGCUAUUGCAGCUGCUUUGAAAGACACUGGACGGAAGAGGCGGGAGGUCAAACGUGAUGAGAACGGUAAAGCAUCCUUUCUAUCACACGUUGCCAAAUGGCUGCUCACGACCUACGAUGUUAUUGGCGAGUUUCUGGGCGUUAACGUUGGAACUCCCUUGCAGAGGAAGCUAUCGCAGCUAUUCCUCUACGUCUUUGGCUUCGCGAUUGUCUGUGCCAUCAUCGUCCUCGCAGCCAACAAAUUCGACCCACGCAAAGAUGUUAUCAUCUACGCUGUUGCUACAGCUGUGGGAACACUGCCUGUCUCUUUGAUCUUGGUCUUGACCAUUACUAUGGCAGCGGGAACGAAGCAGAUGGUGAGCCGCAAGGUUGUUGUGAGGAACAUGCAGAGUUUGGAAGCACUUGGAGGAGUCACCAACAUCUGCUCUGACAAGACGGGCACUCUGACCCAAGGCAAGAUGGUGGUCAGAAUGGCUUGGCUUCCAGGACACGGUAUUUACUCAGUGGAAUCUACAAACGAACCAUACAACCCGCAAGUUGGCAGCAUCGACUUUACUACCGUACAGCCUACAGAACUAUCGGCACAAGGCGAAAAAGAAAGGUCGCAUAGCAUCAAUCCUCACGAUGAACCUGCUGCCAACGAAGCACUGAAGCAUUACCUCGACAUCGCUUCCCUCGCCAAUCUCGCAGUCGUGGAGAAAGGACACAAGGACGAUGGCCCGGAAGAGUGGCUUGUACAAGGCGAUCCUACAGAGAUUGCCAUUCAAGUCUUCGUUACUCGCUUCAACUGGAACCGCAUGUCUUUAUCUUCCGGUCAAAGUCCACGAUGGAAGCAACUUGCCGAGUUCCCUUUCGACUCGGAGGUUAAGAAGAUGUCGGUCGUGUUCCAAGAUACUGUUUCAGAAGAGACAUAUAUCUUCACCAAGGGCGCAGUCGAGCGGGUACUCAGCAGCUGCGUGUCCAUGGAGGAAUCGGGUAGGAUUGAGCCCCUCGAUGAACCGGCAAAGGAAACCAUCCUGGCCAACAUGGAGGCCUUUGCACGUCUUGGUCUUCGAGUUCUUGCCCUCGCUAGCCGAUCUCCCAUCACUGCCCUCCCUGAAGAUCUCUCAUCAGCCAUGGACAGGUCCGAGUUUGAGAAGGACCUGGUAUUCCGCGGCCUCAUCGGCAUCUAUGAUCCUCCACGCCCGGAGACACGCGGUAGUGUUCAGAUGUGCCAAAAAGCUGGCAUCAGCGUGCACAUGCUGACCGGCGACCAUCCCGAGACCGCACGAGCCAUUGCCGCUGAAGUCGCUAUCAUCCCAUCCCCAGAACGAAUGCGAAUGGUCAGGAGGGAUGUUGCCGACACGAUGGUAAUGGCAGCUCAUGACUUUGAUCACCUUUCAGAUGCGGACCUUGACGCCAUGCCAGAGUUACCGCUUGUUGUAGCGCGUUGCUCUCCGACGACAAAGGUUCGCAUGAUUGAGGCUUUGCAUCGUCGUGGACGUUACGUUGCCAUGACUGGUGAUGGAGUCAAUGACAGUCCUAGCUUGAAGCACGCUGACGUCGGUAUUGCGAUGGGUCUCAACGGCUCAGAUGUUGCAAAAGAGUCUUCUGAUAUCAUCUUGACCGACGAUAACUUUGCCUCUAUCCUUAAUGCCAUUGAAGAGGGCCGCCGGAUAUUUGACAACAUCCAGAAGUUCAUCCUUCAUGUCCUUGCUGCCAACGUCGCUUUCGUCACCUGUCUUCUGGUAGGUUUGUCCUUUAAAGAUGACAGCGGUGUAUCUGUUUUUGUCUUGACACCUGUUGAGAUUAUUUGGAUGUUGCUUGUUGCUGGAGCAUUUACCGAGACUGGCCUUGGGUUUGAGCAGGCGAGUCCUGAUAUCCUUCGUCGACCACCUCACAGUCUCAAGUAUGGUGUUUUCACCCCAGAGUUCUUAGUUGACCUCGUGGCCUAUGGUAUCCUCAUGCUCAUCAGCAUCCUUGGUUCUUCAGUCAUCGUUCUCUACGGUUUCAACAACCAAGGCUUAGGACAUGACUGCAACAGCACGUACUCUGCCUCCUGCGACACAGUCUUUACCGCCAGAUCAACAGCUUUCACCACCAUGACAUGGGACUUCCUACUCUUUGCUUGGCAGCUCGUUGACUUCCGCCGCUCAUUCUUUGCCGAGAUUUUCGAAAAGGGCGGGAGUUUCAAGGCCUGGACUAAGCGCCUCUGGAAGAAUCCCUUCCUCUUUUGGUCUGUCACUUUGAGUACUGUUCUCAUUCCACCAACACUCUACAUCCCUGUCAUCAAUCAUGUUGUCUUUAUGCAUAAUCCCAUAACUUGGGAAUGGGCGGUUAUCUUCAUUGCAGUUGGCGUUUUCUUUGCUGGAGCGGAGGGCUAUAAAUGGGCUAAGCGAGUUUAUUUCCGACGUACGGUGGCGAAAGAGUUUCGCAAGGAUAUCACUGAUGUUGAGCUUUAUGCUUUUGGUAGAUAUAUGGAUGGUUCAGAGGACGGCAGUGAGUCGAAUUGCGAUGUUGGCAAGAAGUGUUAG